AUGUAAGAAAAUUUAAUUCAAAUUGACUUUUCAUAAAUCGAAAGUUUAGAUCCUUGUAUAUAAGGAGGAUACAAGAUAAUAUUCAAUCAAGAGAUACCAUUUAUGAUUAAAUUUCCAGACUAAGAGGAUCAAAGCAUAGUUGAAACUAUUAGAGUUAGAAUAAUGAUAUUGGUAUGACAAUUUAAAUUUAUCAAAAACAGGGAAAUGGAAAAGACUUAUAACAAUUAACAUUAGAGUUGUCAAGUGAAAAUGAUCUAUUUUUCUAUUAUUUUCAUACAGUUGAUAAAGACAACUUUCAAGUUGUAAAAACAAAUUAAAAACUCAAUACAGAUUUCUUUGGUUAUCCUGAAGUAUGUGUGAAAACAUUUAAGAGAUGUUAAUUGGAACAAUAACAGUAAAUAAAAUGAUAAUAUGUAUUAAGUUUUGCACCAGUAUUAUACAUUUAAUAAAAUGCAAGAGCAUAAGUGAGUAUUGUUUAGACAUUGGAAUACAAGGAAUUGACAUUAAUAACUUUUGAAAUGAUUGCUGGAGAUGAAGAAAUAAUUAAAUAACAUGUCUAUUAUAAACAUGGGGCUGUGAAAUCUAAGUUUUAGAUAUUAAAUGCAAAAAUAAAAGAUGUAUAUAUUUUGUUUGAUUGUUAGAUACAUGAAUUAGUAAAAGUGAAGAAUCCAUAAUUAUUGCUUCAUUUAUAAAAAUACCUUCCUAAUUGA